AUGAGAGGAAAGAAGGAAUUAUUCAUGCUGAUCACAGGCCUCGUGUUGUUUAUAUUUGACCUGGUCACAGACAUCGUUGUAGCUGCACAGUAUAGGGUUAAAGGCGACUAUUGGUGGUUUGGUUUGACGUUAUUUUUUAUUAUCGUUCCUCUUUUCAUCGUCAGUUUAAUGGCUUGGGUUAAUUCAGAUGAUUGGUUUUGUGUAAACUGUUGUUUAUUGUUUGUGUGUUCGUCCAUGUUUGUACGUUAUGUCGAAGAGCUAAAAUAUUGGAAGCAAGCAUAUUGGGAUAAUCCCCCUUGUGGAGACAACUAUAAGAAAUGCAACUGUCCAGAUUGCAAACACUACCGCGCGGCGAUCACGAAGUCUAACAAGUCAGCAUACAACCUCGCGUUGGUACGUUAUGUAGAGACACUUACAGAGUCUACUCCACAAUGCUGUCUACAGAUUUACAUCAUGUUACGUCAGUGGGAUUUUCCAUGGUUAACCGUGCUAUCAACCGUGAUUUCCCUGCUUUCUUUAGCAUGGAGUAUUACCGCUGUUGAGAAAGCGAGAGCAAAUAAAAAUAACCAUAAUUUCACACUCCCAGCCACGGUUGUACUUUUCGUUUCUCAAUUGUUUAGUUUGUCAUCCAGACUUUUUGCUAUUGCAGCAUUCGCAUACGUCUUUAAGGCACAUGUGUUCACAGCACUGGCGGUUCAUUGGCUGAUUGUGCAUUUUGCCAUAUGGUUGAUAGGCGAAGACUGUGAUGUAUGCAAGUGUGAUGCAGUAGGAAACUUUUUUGUAUACAUUACUUUAAGCUUUCCGUUCUUGGUAAACGUGUCAGAUGUAGUACUCAGAGAAAAUUCCAGUCUAAGCACUAUGCAUUUUUUGUUAUCCGUAGAGAACGUUUUGCUCGCAAUCUUGGCGGUGACAAUACCGGCAACACCUGAUGUGAAACAUAUGAGUGUACUGAGACCAAUUGUGCUGUCGUCGGUUAUAAUAAGCGUGGUCCUAGGUACAAUUUUUCACAUAGUAUAUAACAAGCUCCUAAAACCGACAGAACCACACAAAUCAGACGAAGAAGAACCACACAAAUCAGACGAAGAACAACCCCACAAAUCAGACGAAGAAGAACCACACAAAUCAAACGAAGAAGAAUCACACAAAUCAGACGAAGAAGAACCACACGAAUCAAACGAAGAAGAACCACACAAAUCAGACGGAGAAGAACCACACGAAUCAAACGAAGAAAAACCACACAAAUCAGACGAAGAAGAACCACACAAAUCAAACGAAGAAGAACCACACAAAUCAGACGAAGAAGAACCACACGAAUCAAACAAAGAAGAACCACACAAAUCAGACGAAGAAGAACCACACAAAUCAGACGAAGAAGAACCACACAAAUCAGACGAAGAAGAACCACACGAAUCAAACGAAGAAGAACCACACAAAUCAGACGAAGAACAACCACACAAAUCAGACGAAGAACAACCACACAAAUCAAACAAAGAAGAACCACACAAAUCAAACGAAGAAGAACCACACAAAUCAAACGAAGAAGAACCACACAAAUCAGACGAAGAACAACCACACAAAUCAGACAAAGACGAAACCGUGUAA